GCACGCAAUGGCCAUGGAGCGACAUGCUGCGCAGUUUAGCCACUACGAUGUUCCCAUCCACUUGCGCGAGGAAGCGUUGCUCAAGGCUCUCUCCAACGAAUAUGGCUGUCCUCUGCUGCGGCGUGAGGUCGUCGAUGGCAAGACGACGGUUGUUGCUGCCAGAUGCGCGACGCCUGAGAGCGGCAUCUGGGUCCUCGAUCACGCAUGGCUCUUCCAGACAGCCCGCAAUGCGCGUGAAGAGCUAGAGUCAAACGAAACUUUGCGCCACAAGAUUCAGAAGAUCGCGUCCCACUUUACGCCGGAGGUAGCGACGGUGGACGAUAUUGUCGUGAAUCUGGUGCACUGCGCGUACAGCAUCAAGUUUGGCCACAAUGCGUCCGACCUGUACCACUACGUGCUCGAUGACGUUGGCGCACUUCUGCGUUGCGCCAAGAGCAACAUUAACGUCAAGAUCGCACCGCUUUUUUGCGUGGACACGGGCAAGCUUGUGUCACUGAUCUGGCCCGUGGCCAUGAUUGCAGCUGGCGACGAGAUUGUGCGGCCGCACGCGACCAAGAUCUCGCUCAUUCAGCUCGGAAAGCAAACGUACUGGGAAAGCCGGUACGAAGACGAAGACGAAUUCGACUGGUACUGCUCUUACGCGAUCAUGCGCGACCUCUUCCGGCGUUAUGCGGCGCCAUUGGAUGCCGUUCUCAUCGCAGGCAGUGGUGCCAGCACGCUUCCUAUUGACAUGGAAAAGGACGGGUUUUGCAAUGUGACGGCCACCGACUACGCAGCCAACGUCGUCAAGAACAUGCAAGCCAAGUAUGCAGACUCCUCCGUGCAAUUCGUAUCAGCCGACAUGACCAAGAUGGCGGGGUUCGGCGACAGCUCUGUCGCUUGUAUCGUCGACAAAGGCUGCUUGGAUACGAUGCUUUUGGCGCCCGAGACGGACCUCACGACGGGCACGCACGUUUGGAAGACGCUAACAAGUGACAAUGCCGCCGACUUCCCGGAUGCCGCCGCCGUCAUGAGCGAAUGCAUGCGACUUCUGCAACCGAUGGGGUCCAUGAUUCUUCUCACGUAUGGUAACCCGAACAACCGCAUCGGCCUGCUCGAUUGGCCGACAACUUCGGACGACCACGUGUGGGAAAUCCUCGAGUGCCAAGAGCUUUCGCCAAGCGCUGCCGCGCCAAGUGUUGCGAAGCCUUUUUUCAUCUACGUGUUCCAAAAACAACCCAAGCAGGCGUAGGUAGUCAUGCAUAAACAAACACGACUCGG